GUGGACGAUGCACACUGCAUCAUCUACGAAUCACCGAUAAUGAAGGAGCGCGAAUGUACGGUGCCGUGUCCGGACGACUGCGCUCUGUCCGACUGGUCGCCAUGGUCAUCUUGUUCCUCUCUGUGUGCCGAGCGGCUGGACUACGGCGUCCAGUUCCGAAACCGCUCGAUACUCGGACACGCUGGAAAAGGUGGUGCCCCGUGCCCCAGAAAAUCUGAAUUGUCGGAGAAGGAAGACUGUAACAUCGUGCGCUGCUCCGGCAUGUACUGGAAGACCGACCCCUGGGAAAAGUGCGUCGCGGAAAACGCCACCAGCCGCUGUGGCCGCGGAAGACAAAACCGCGCCGUCAAAUGCUUCUUCAAAGAAAACAAAGUAUCCGACAAGAAGUGCUCUCCGCUUAAGAAGCCAGCCAAUUCCCAGCCUUGCAACGUGCCUUGCCCAGUCGAUUGCCAAGUGACCAAUUUUUCUGAGUGGAGACUAUGCAGAGACUGUGGCGAUGGAACUGGGCCUGUGCUGGUGCGCGAGCGGUUCGUGCUUCGACGAGAGACACCGGGUGGUCAGCCAUGCCCCUGGCAGAGCCUUCGCGAAGUGAAGCUCUGUGGCCCUACCGGUGGCGGGCCCUGGUGCAUGCUGGGACGAAACUUGCACUACGGCCGGGGUCCCUACCGCUGGAGCACGUCGCCAUGGUCACAGUGUGUCCUUGCUCCGGAUGCCCGCUGUGGAAGCGGACACCAAGAGCGCAAUGUAUCAUGCGUUGAUUCGAAGAACAUUCCCACGGAGCCAGCCAUGUGCAUCAACCUCACCAGCGCCAUCGUGAACUCGCGUGCGUCAAUGCUCUCUGCACCCCCUGCUCACCGGGAAUGCCACGUUCGCUGUCACGACCAGUGUGCCGUGUCCGAAUGGUCACCAUGGUCACCGUGUCCUCGGUCUGAUGACGCAAGCAUCUGUGACGAAGACCCCGUGAGCCGCCGCACACGACAACUCAUUGGUGUAUCGAGCCCCAACUGUCUUGUGAGCCUUACCGAGGAACGACCGUGUCCCCCGACGCAAAAUGUCAAGGUGGAAAAUGCGGAUUGGAGCGACUGCAUCCUUCAUGGAGAGGCACUGUGCGGCGCCGGACUUCGCUUUAAAAUGAUGUCGGCAAGUGGGAGAACAUGCGGGUCCACUGGCUUUGAGAAUGCCACCUGCCAGGAACCUUGUCCUAUCGACUGCGUCAUGGGCGAAUGGUCCCCGUGGUCACGGUGCGACGCCGUUUGCGGCGGUGGCACCCGCACCCGAACCCGCAGGGUUGUCCGCUGGCACCAACAUGGUGGAAGACCCUGCACGGUCGUUGCUCCGAAUGACAUUGAAACUCAGACCGAUACGUGCAUCGUGGACUGCGGACGCAACGUGUGGCUCCCGUCAGGAUGGACCCCGUGUCGACCCUUGAAUAUGACCAAAAAGCUGCGCUGUGGCGUUGAAGGAGUCAGGACGAGAUCUAUCCUGUGCAUGUCUGUGCUCAACGGUGACCCCUACCAAGAACUGACCGAAGAUGAGUGCGAUCCGCUUCAGAAGCCCCCCGACAGCGAAGCGUGCAAAUUGCACUGUCCGGGAGAGUGUGUGGUCUCUGAGUGGUCCCAGUGGUCAUCGUGCUUGGACCCAGAACUGGGAGCCGUUAUCACCGAGCGAAAUCGCACUCGUCGGAUGCUUCGACCACAGAGGCAUGGCAGGCACUGUCCGUACCGUUUAUUUGAGACGGAUGUCUGUCUGAAGCACCACUGGGAGCUGGGAGCACCGGGUUCUUGCGUCGUCAACGGCGGCGCCCCUUGCGGCAGUGGAGUUUCCAGGGCGCCUCUUUACUGCGUGAGGGACUCGGACGGUUUGCGCGUGGACUACAAGUAUUGCGAUCCGAACACUAGGCCAUCAACCAAGCAUGUGGAGACGGCUUGCAACGUGUCUUGUCCCGUCGACUGCAUGGUCUCAGAAUGGUCGGAGUGGGAUCUAACCGGAUGCGAGCCCUGCGGUAGUUUUGGAGACCAGGUAAGACACCGCGAGGUGAUUCAAAAUGCCACCGAAAGUGGAAGGGCCUGUCCCACAAGUCUCACCCAAAGAAAGCCUUGUCCUUUCACUCCCUGCUACCGCUGGUCAAUAGGUGCAUGGUCACAGUGCGAACUUCAUGGAGCAGACUGUGGAUUCGGCGUCCGCAGACGUGAUGUAGCGUGUUAUCGGUCUGAUGGAGAGUUAGUAGAGGAAAGCUUCUGCCAUCUGGCCAACUUCACCCCAUAUGUGGGAGGUCCUCUCCACCUCGACUGGCUGAUUGUUGGAAACGAUGUUCAGACGGAAGAACAAUGCUACGUUCCAUGCCCGCAAGGUUGUGCUUUGUUCCCUUGGUCCGACUGGUCACCGUGCAACAGGAACUGUGACACUGGUGAAAUCCGUGAGUAG